AAAUCUUCAAAAUAACUUGAUACAAAAACGAAAUUGAAAUGUACUAGUAAGUAGUAGCAAUAAUGCUGCUACAGUUCUAGGUGGUUGCUUGAUUCUUUGGAAUACUCGCAAGGAUGUCGUCGUUACAGGUCUACAAUUUCCCUGUGAUUCUCCCUGACCUUCGGAAAGAGGAAUCGCUGCGGCAGAUCGCUGAUGUUCUGGACUAUCUGGAUAACGUAGCGAACGACGUGUUUACGAAAAUCAGCGGCCGAGUUGCCGACAACAGGGAUCGCUUGAUAGAGAUCAAUACUCGCGUCAAUUCAGCCCAGGCCAAGGUGGAUAAGAUCAAAUCCAGCCGUAACAAGGCCACCAAGGUCUUCUCCAGUUCAAAAUUCCCCGCACCGAAGAAUGUGGAUGCGUACCAUUCGCUGUAUAAGCGGGAUGACGUGGAGAAACUAGUCCGCCCAGACUACACUCGACUGAAGGAUGACGCUAGGUUCCCGCCAGUGGACGGGCAUCUACUGCAGGAGAAGCUACACUUCUUUGAUGUCCGUGUUAAGGUGACCAAGCGCAAGACCAAACGCGCUGCAGGUGAGGAUGAAGAAGCUGGCGAAGGCUUGGGUGGAUUGCCUGGCAACAUUACCUCGGUCUCGUCCAUGCUCCUCUUCAACACGACGGAAAACCCGUACAAGAAGUACUCUGUGAUAGAUCCACUACUUGGAGCACAGACCAAAACAAGGAAGAGCGUGGAGGAGGAUGAGGCACGAGCACUGGCCGAAGCUCCGAAAUCUAUUCUGGAACGAGAGCAGCUGGGCCGCGCACAGCAGGACAGCUAUUUCUACGCGCCGGCAAUGGGAGAAGUGCCGGAAAUUGACGCGCCGUCCUCAUUGCCUGAUUUACCCGGUGUUGCUGACGAUGUCCUGUAUGAUGCAGAUCUUCCAUCCAUUGCACCCUCCGUACCUACUGCAAUACCAGACUUGCCUGCUGUGGGAGAGGAAGGCAAAGCCGGAGGAGAUUCCAGUGCACCGCCUCCGCCACCGUCAUCGUCUUCAUCGGCACCUCCACCGCCACCGCCAGAGGGCGGGGGAGCUCCACCACCUCCUCCGCCACCCCCGCCGCCACCACCCCCUCCGCCCGCAAUGGAUGCUCCUCUCCCACCAGUGGGUCCUACAGGCGAUGGAGGUGAUGCUGGUCCACCGCUUUCUUCAGACGGAGACGAUGGAGGAGGAGGAGGAGGAGGAGGACGUUCGUCCCUACUGGAAAGUAUCCGUAACGCCGGUGGCGGCAAGAUGAAGCUUAAGUCCGCCAAGGAGAGGAAGAUAAAGAAGAAGGCGGUGAAGGAGGAAAAAUCAGCCUCCGGAGGGGGAGGCGGUGGUGAUCUGAUGGGUGACCUGAUGAGCAAGUUGACCCUGCGACGCAAGGGAAUAUCGGGUUCGAAGAAAGCAGCGGCUGCCGACGCUGAUACCACUGAUGAUGGUCCUCCAGCUCCACCCUCUGGCUCAGGGGCUAUGGACAAGAUCUCUAAGAUGAUUCCUGCGCCAAAGAACCGGGGCCGGUCAGCCAGUGGUGACGACUCUGGUGGCGAUUGGGAAGAUGAUUAGCAAUUGAUUUAGGUGAGUAGGUUAUUGGAGACUUGUACUAUGAAUUAUCACAAACUGUUCGUAUUGAUAUGCUUGGAAAUUGGUUGAGAUCUGAUAUUUCGAUGCAGCUGACUUUUGCCGGCAAAAGUCUUUUCAGAGCUGCCAUUAUUUUGCAGUAUAUUAUUUCUCCCGUGUCUUUUUGGGUUUCUUUGUGUUCUUGUCCUAUCUUCCCCAUCGUUCCUAUCCUUCUAGCAUGGUUGAGAUAAUCGCUGUGUGCAGGUAGUUUGGCUCUUGCACGUCCUCAUGACUCUGAGGGUGCGAGGAAAGGGCUGUACUGGAAGCAUUUUAAAUUGUACCUGUAAGUUUUAAUAAUAUGCCCUUGGUAAUAUACCCUUGUGAUAUUAUUGCUAUUCUGUUCGUGUGUCAGCCCCUGGCUCGGUAGCACUGAUCACAGUAAGCUUUGUUUGAGUUUCGUUAGUUUUAUCUUCCUAUACGUAGCUUGUUUUACUUUUAGCCGGCCUUCUGUAAGAAUUCAACAAAUACAUGGAUGGUGUGUAGGAGGAGGAUAUUUAAAGUGCAUGGGAAAAGCCAGUCCAGGGAAAACCAGAACUGACUACAACCAUGCAGUCUGUGAUGGGCAAACUUCCACGGCGUGAUAAUGAUGGGGUGAAACUCCACACCAGGAAAGCUCAUCUUGCCUUCAUUCAGUUUAGCCAGGCUGAUCGCUCUGGAGGCUAUGGCAUUGUUCUUGCAAACUUAUUUUGGGAAUUUGACAUAGGACACCAGUUGCUUUCUUGGACCGGCUUCUUGUGUGCUCUGAUGGACCUGUAUUUCUGGCUUUGUGCUAUUGCCCCCAUUCGCAAGUACAUGCUAUGUACAUAAGUCAUUGUAUUUUAAAAAAAAUUGAUGAGCUAUUCAGUUGUUA